AUAAUUCCACCAUCAUCACCCAUCACUUUAUCUUUAAUCUACAACUUACUACAACCAAUAAAAAAAAAGUAGCUUAUUUUUCUCUACUCUUGUGCUUUAUUUUAAGAACCAUCAUCCUCUUAUUUUUGUAGUAAAUUUUUCUUCAAUUCAUCAUGUUAGAAGGCAAGGCAGUGAUUGGUGAGACUGAUAUGCUUCAAACUAUGCAACAAGAUGCUCUUGAUUUAGCAUGCAAAGCACUAGAUUUCUAUGAUGUAACUGAGGCCAUUGAUAUAGCUCGAUUUAUAAAGAAGGAAUUUGAUAGGGUGCAUGGACCUGGUUGGCAAUGCAUUGUAGGCACUGAUUUUGGUUCCUUUGUGACACAUUGUAGUGGUUGCUUCAUCUAUUUUUGUAUAGGUAGCAUGGCAAUUUUGCUCUUUAAGGGAUCUGCUGGUCCACAAGCAGAGGAAAAUCAGUUCUCAGCAAUAGAGGCAACUAAAGCAUAGAUUAAUUUUACUUUUUGGGAGUUUUCUGUAAUUUUGUUUAUUCUAUUGUAAUAGUAGUGUAGAAAGAAUUGGAAAAGAUUUGAAAAAGAAAAAAUGGUAGAGGUAUCAAAAUCAUCUUAUUGCAUUUUUCUUUUGUGUACA